CAUUACCAAAGUGUGCAAAACAUACUGAUGGCAAUGUUUACAGGAGGACUUCAAAACUUCUGAAUGUUCCAGUGAGCGCUGUUGGGGCCAUAAUCCCGAAGUGGAAAGACCAUAAUUUCACCAUAAACCAGUCAGAUAAGGUGCUCCUUUCAAGAUUUCUGACAAAAGAAAAGAAUUAUCAGAAGAGUUGUCUUCAGAAACACCUGGAAUUAGCAGUUAUGUAUAACCCAGUGCAUGGAAUGCAGCCCCCUGCAAUGUACGGAAUGCAGCAGCCCCCCAUAAUGCUUGAAAUGCAGCAGCCCUUGUUGUAUGGAAUGCAGGCCCCACCGAACCCGGUGCCUGGAUACGAGGGAAUUGGCGGUGGGUUUCUUCCUCCUCCACCUAUCCAACCGAUGCCAACUCCUGAUUCACAGCCAGAACACAACUGGAGUAUUCCUGCUCUUACCAAGGAAGAAGCCCAAGAGGCUUUUUGCAACUUUGCAAAUAGCAACUGCUGUUAUUCAUCUGGUCCAGCUACAGAUGGUGUGAUCACCAAUAUGGAACAGUUCAACACCUACCGAUAUCGUCUGGAGACUUACACAGAAUCCAGAAAAACGGAGUGGGCCACCAAGCCUUAUGAGGGGCAGCCGUUGAACGCGUUCACGCAGAUUGCUCCUAAUCCAUGGGAAAUCCAGGUUCAAGUCCCCGCCAUGUUUACAGACACUACUAAGGAUGUCGAAGUGCCCUACACAGCAUCAGUCAAGCCAUGUGACACAUGCUCUGCCGCAGGACAUCGUCAGUGUACCAAGUGCCAUGGAUCCAAGGCUAUAGAGUGUAGUAUGUGCAAUGGUGCCGGGAAAGCUGCCGAAGAACAAGUCUGCGUCAAAUGCAAUGGCACAGGCAAAGUGAAGUGCCCUGAUUGUUCAGGUCAGGGAACCAUUGUAUGUGAGACCUGCAAAGGGAAACAGAAGCUGUUAAUGUAUAUCAAGCUUAUUGUGGAAUGGAAAAACAACGUGGACGAUUUUAUAGUGGAGCAGUCAAGUGGUCUGGAGAAAAAACAUUUGGAUGCAGUUACUGGGAAGAAGCUCCUUAAAGACACUAAAUUCAUGGUGUAUCCUUUGAAUGGAUUUCCAGAACAUAAUUUGGCUCAAGCAUCUGAAAGCAUGGUCAGGGAGCAUCACAGCAAAUUUUCCCAGAAAUCACGCAUCAUACAGCAGCAACAAAGUGUUGAGCUGAUUCCCAUCACUAAGGUGACGUACCGGUGGCAGGCAAAGGACUAUGUUUACUUUGUUUAUGGUAUUGAGUCAAAGGUCAAAGCUGUUGACUAUCCAGCUACAUGUUGCUGCACUAUCAUUUAACAAAUGCAGAAAAAGCAUGAACUCCCUAGAUGAGUGGUAUUUCUCUGUCAUUAUUAUUGUUAUAAUUUAAAAAGUAAAAUUUAGCAAGGUGUUUCGACAUGUUUUGUGUCUAAGUUCUUCGGUUUUGCACUGGAGCUACAAGGGUACAUCUUUUAUCAAGUCAAUUAUCUGAUGAUUUUGGCAUGUAUUUAAGAAUAUUAUGCAUGAAACAGAUUUCUAUUUUAUAUUAUCCAUGUAGCUCUAGCACAAACCAGAGCUGUGAAAUUCAGAUGCCAAACAUGUCUUGCCUUUAGGUAGAAGAAAUCUGUGUAUAGUCCAUGCUUCAUCAUAACAUUGUUUUAUAAUCUAAAAUUAUAAUGUGAAAUUUCAUAAUACUAAAUGUUAGGGGCCAAAUGACUGACAAAAAUGGAACAGUAUUGGUUCAGUGGUUAAGGUUAAAUGUAGACAAUUGUGAGUUCAAAUAUUGCCUUUGAAUCACUAACUAACGCUCAACUGCCCAGUUUAUUGUGGAUAAUGUUCGUUUUUUAGUUGCUUUUGAUAAAAGUGCCUGCUCUUUGUCUAAUGAAAGUGUGAUCCUCCAUAAAUACGCAGCCUGUGUGCAAUGACCUUAACUUUACAGUAUUUGCAACAGUGAACUAUGUAGUGAACUAAUACACUUCUACUAUAUAUUCAGAUUAUUCAUGGUUAUAAGUACUAUUAGUUCAUGGCUUAGACUGCAGUUGAUUAUUCUCCUGAAAAUAAAGAAGAUAGUAGGCAUUUAAAGAUUUAAGAGCUUGUAUUUAAAGCAUCUACUGAAAUCAACUGAAGGUUUUCCAAAACUGUAUUUCAGCUCACAAAGGUUGAAGCGCCAUAUCAAUACAUCAUGGUUAGCUGGUUGUCCAUCUGGUAGUUAAGUCUGUCUAUUAAUUACUGCUAUGCUGUUUUGUUUUUUUUUGUUUUUUUAAUGCGUUUUUACAUUAUGUACUUGGGAAGAUGGGUUGCCUCGGGUGUAUCUCUAUUUAAUGUUAAAUUACCAUCUAAACAUACAUCAGGCAUAACAUUAUGAGCAUAGAGAGGUGACAUGAAUAAGACUGAUUAUCUCCUCAUCAUGGCACCUGUUAGUGGGUGGGGUAUAUUAGACAGCAAGUGAACAUUUUGCCCUCAAAGUUGAUGUGUUAGAAGCAGGAAAAAUGGGCAAGUGUAAGGAUUUGAGCGAGUUUGAUGAAGGGCCAAAUUGUGAUGGCUAGACCACUGGAUCAGAGCAUCUCCAAAACUGCAGCUCUUGUGGGGUGUUCCCGGUCUGCAGUGGUCAGUAUCUAUCAAAAGUGGUCCAAGGAAGGAACAGUGGUGAACCGGCGACAGGGUCAUGGGCGGUCAAGGCUCACUGAUGCAUGUGAGGAGUGAAGGCUGGCCCGUUUGAUCCGAUGCCAAUUGCUGAAGAAGUUAAUGCUGGUUCUGAUAGAAAGGUGUCAGAAUACACAGUGCAUGAUGGGUCAGGGCUGUUUUGGCAGCAAAAGGAGGACCAACACAAUAUUACGCAGGUGGUCAUAAUGUUAUGCCGAAUCAGUGUGUGUAUGUAUGUGUUAUAUGUAUCAAAUUAUUGUCUCUUUAUACAUGAAUUAUAUAUGAAACUGUGGAAACAUAAUCAAGUAAGCACUUAUACCAUAAGAAAAAUUAAAAAAAAAAAUUAAUACUUUCAAUAAAUGACCUGUCAGAGAAGAAACAUUGUCUCUCUGGUUCAGUGCAAACUCUAUAUAAUAUAAUGAUAUGUGAAAUAGACAUUCUAUUGAAAAAUUGAAAACAGCAGCUUGGGAAAUCUACUACUAGGAACUACAUGCACGAUUAAGUCUUUACUCUCACUUAUUACUUAACUUGGGGUCUAAAACUGAUCAAUGUUCACAUUCAACAUUUUAGUCAGACUUUUUUUAAAAAAAAGUGACAUAUUUCUAACGGAUAUUUCAAGAAUGAAUGUGAUCUGCGUUACAUAUUGUACAUAUAUACAUAUUAUACUCAUGAUUUAAGUAUAAAUUGAGUUUGGGAAGUACAAAUGUUUAGGGUAUUAAUGUCAGACCAUCCACUGCCUCAAAUGCAGAGAGCUACAAGGAGACUAGCAUGUUGAGAGGAAUCAGGCAGGUUGGAGAUUGAGAGGAAGUACAGCCAGAAAAAGUGACUUAGGAUAAGGCCCUGACAUCACAUCAGGCAUCAGGAUUAUAUGUACAGACAAAAGAAAAACAGAUUUGUAGGCAUGGACUUAUAAU